UUAGCGAUGACCCUUGCCUUGAGCUAAAGAAAUUUUGGAAGUCCAUCCAAACAGGACUAGGAAGUUUUGAGAUGAAUUUGAAAUUUGAAUUCAAUUUAAUUGUUCCAAGGAGUUUACCUUAUUACAAUAUAAAGAGGCUUCUAUUCUUUUACGAUGAAAUUUGGUUAACCAGCAAUUCAAUGAAUUGAAUAAAGGAAUUUCAACUGUCUGGUGAUUUGGCAGGGGGCGUAUUGUUGCUGAGAACGCAUUUGUUGUUAUUCCUCGAUACCUGUUCCAGGCAAACGUUUGCACGAAAUAUCGCUCUGUAAUCAUGGCUCCUGUAAACUAUGGCAUUUGGGGCAAACCAACUGCUACUUUAGACUGGUGUGAAGAGAAUUAUAUCGUUACACAGUUUGUUGCCGAGUUCUGGAACACAAUUAGCAACUGGAUUAUGAUAAUCCCACCAUUGCUUGCUGCACAUUUAUCAUGGAGAAAGAAAAUGGAAUUUCGUAUCAUAGCAUCAUAUUUGUCAGUUGGAUUUGUUGGGAUUGGAUCUUUGGGUUUUCAUUGUACAUUGAUUUAUAAAAUGCAGCUUAUGGAUGAACUUCCUAUGAUUUACGGGACGUGUAUUCUGCUCUAUGGAAUGCUUGAGAUUAAAAGCAAAGAAAAUAAAAUGAACACAGAGCUGACGUUCUUCUUAUUCGUCAUCAGUGUUUUCACAACAAUUAUGUAUGUUAUAGUACAGAACCCUUUAUUUUUCCAAUGGUCAUAUGGCAUAUUAGCUGGAUCGCUGUUUGGCCUAACCUUUUAUAAUUGCAAAAGAUACAAUGGAUCUGUUCCAUUGGUCUUGCUGUCAACUUUGAGCUAUGGUUUUGGAUUCAUUCUUUGGAAUAUCGACAACAACUUCUGUCCGCAAAUUAGGACGGCAAGAGCAUUGUUGCCAGAAUUUGUGAAGCCAGUGACACAGUUACAUGCUUGGUGGCACACCCUUGCUGGAGGGGGCACUUAUAUUUCUGUACUUUACAGCUCUCAUCUCAGAUUGAAGUGUCUUGGUCACCAACCUCUAUUAAAGAUAUAUUACCAUUUUCUGCCGAUCAUCGAAAAGAACGACGUAGUACGAAAUGGCACGGCUAUUCACAAGAACGACGACAACAACAACAACAACACCAACGACAAAAUCAACACAAGCAAAACAAUUUACGCUAAUGGAAAGCACCUGAAUGGCGUGACAUUCACAAGAAUGAAAUAACACUGGAAUAUGAGAGUAUCAAUUGAAAGUUUGAAAUGUUACUUACACACGAUAUUUGGGUAACUUGCUGCAUGGAUUUUAACAGCUAACAGCCUAAUGCUUAUUUGCUGCUAUUCGUUGAACAAGUUCUCGCACCUAACACUUAUUAGCUUAUACUGUCUCUGGAGUUCAUCUUGUUGAGCCUCGCCAAGGUAAAUAAGUUAAUAAGAUUGCAAACGCAUAAGCACAUAUUCUCAUUCAUGCUUAGUCACUUAGCCUAAGUGGUGGCCGGCUAACGAUGUUUGGUGCAUAUGAAAUUUGGUACUCUGCUUUUAAUGUAAUGUGUCAUAGAUUUUGAAUAUAGUAAUGUACGUUAAAGGGCAUGUAACGCGGUGACAGCUGGCUAAAGCCGCAUCUACACGAGCAAUUAUUUCUUGGUAAUUUUCCUUUGCAAGUUUGCUUGCCCUUGUAGAUUAGCUUUUAGAUUAGUUUUGUUUGACAGUUUUUUACUUGACAAUUUUUAAUUGCUCGUGUAGAAAGACAACAAGUCUCGUUCACAAUAUCUAUUUGCUCUGACAAUCGUCAAAUUUUCUUGCAAAAAAUAGCUCCUUAAACGAAGAAGAUACUUUUAUUCGUGGGUGGGAAAUCCCUGGAAUUUCUUCCUUUAACA